ACGCGUUGGAGCUGGGCAGAAGGCCCGUUCGUGUCCCCUUGUCGAGGCAGGGGCCUGCUGGUGACCGCUGUGAGGGGAGGCGAGUGAGGAGCGCCCCCGGUUCCGCUGCCCAGCAAAGCUGUAGUGUUGAGGCAGCAGUACCCAAACCAAAGGGUACGGCACCGAGCCGUCUUAUACCAGUUGAACUGUUUUAUCUUGGAUAGGAGCACGUAUUGGGAACAGGAGUGGUACAGCCACCGUACAGAAUGUUGUUUAUUAUGGUAGACUCAAACAAGUACUUAAUCAUUCCGUCUUGACUUACUUGUGCAGCUUGACUCGGUGGGACUGGUUAACGUCAAGAGAUGUCGACUCCCCCUCUCGCUGGGGCAGGCAUGCAGCCUGGCGCUUUCUCAGGGACGCAGGCUCAAGCAGCUAGGGAGGUGAAUACAGCUUCUCUCUGUCGAAUUGGCCAAGAGACUGUGCAGGACAUUGUGUUUCGAACCAUGGAAAUCUUCCAGUUACUGAGGAACAUGCAGUUACCGAAUGGUGUUACUUACCAUACUGGAACAUAUCAAGACAGACUGGGAAAGCUGCAGGAACAUCUCCGUCAGCUAUCAAUACUCUUCAGAAAACUGAGACUAGUCUAUGACAAAUGCAAUGAAAACUGUGCUGGGCUUGAUCCUGUUCCCAUAGAACAACUUAUUCCGUAUGUUGAAGAAGAUGGCUCCAAGCAUGAUGAUCGUGGUGCUGCAAGUCAACUUCGUUUUGCUAGUGAAGAGAGAAGGGAAAUCAUGGAAGUAAAUAAGGUUUUUUUUGGCUGUACCUCUGGCUGUAGAGUUUAGGUUUCCUAACAAUUUUAACUUGUGCCUCUUUUUAAACCGAUACAUACUUCCAAAUAUGGUGUGUUAUGUUUAUGCUUAACCCGCUAGAUAUCAGCAGUACAGAUUGAGGUAAGGUGCCUGUUGAACUUGCUUCUCUUCAAAACUUGCCUUAGGCAUUAAAAAAAUGGGUAUUGAACAUAAGAUGUGUAAGUAUUAUCACAAUGAUGUGAGUUGGUAAAAGAUUUUCAGGGCUACUUUCUGUAUUUUGACAGUUUGAGGAAGACCAUUCCUUUUGCUAAAUGUAGCAUUUAUUGAAUCUUGACACAUUCAGAAAAAAAAGUCCUAUGUAUGAUAAAGAUGCUGUUAAAUUUUCAGUUUGAGUGGCAGUAUGCAAUUGAGUACAACUACUAAAGAUGGAUUCAAAUCUAAAAAUGUGCUGUAGUAAAAGCUAAUACAACACUGAGAUUAGAAAUACGUAGUUUUACCAGACCACAAUUUUGAGCAUUGUUUCUUCAAUCUGUGAAGUACAAAGAUCGGAUUACUUAAAUAUUUCUGGAGCUGUAAUAUCUGUAAAUGCUUGGUAAAAAGGAGGCAUAAUCUACCAAAAUAACCAAACAAAGGAAAUAAAUGAGUAAAAUAUUUCUGUAUGGAAAGAAUAGUUGAUGGAUUUUCAGCUUUUAAAAUAUUUCCGAUAUUUUAAUUUGUCUUCAGCAAUUAGAGGUGUACUGAAUUUUUCAUAACCCAUUUAUGUAGAAAAAUGCAUGCAUAUUGUACAGGAGAAAAUGGGGACUACAUGAAUUUAGAGAAAUCAGUUGUCAGCUGUCUGUUGUAUGCUUUGUGUUCAGUGCUGAUGUAGCAGUGUUGUAUAUAUAAUAUUGUAUGUAAUGGUGUACUGUGAAUUUAUGCACAUUUAUUUGCAAUCUUUAAGUGUUAAUAAGCUUAACUGUCCAUAUUUGCUGUGGUUUUGAUAGUUUUAUGACAUGUUUUUGCCCUUGUUGUUGUACUUGUAUGCUAAUAUGUUUUUAAACCUCCUUGGUGUGAUCUUGUGAAAAGAAUUUCAUAAAUUUUUAUGAGGAGUUCUAAACCUUAAAAAGGUUGAUGGUGUUACAGGACCAUUGGUAGCAAAUUGAUAAUUAAGAAUGUAUGCAGACAUUCACUUAAAGCUGGUUGAAAAUCCUGUAUUUACACUUAAAUGCCUAGACCUAGUUUCCAGAUUUUCCACAGUAAAUCUUCAGAAGAUAGUUGUACUCUCUCUAGUAUUUCUGUGGCCAAACAUUUACUAACUGCUGCAACAGAAAUUUAACUUCUUGGUUUUGAAAGUGCAUUGAAUUUUUUCUUCUGUCUCUCUCCAGCUGUAGAAGCACAUCCACUACCAGUUUCAAAGUUCAAAUUUUAACAGAUUAAAGAAUAGGAAAUGCUUUGGGUUUUUUAUGACUAGAAAUAAAUAAAUUCUUAUUUUUGUAAAGAAAAAUCAUUUAGAAUCUGGUUAAUUGGUCUAAUUUCUGAUACUGGCUGCUGGGCUCGGAUAGUCUUCUCUGGUUCUUAGCUGGCACUCCUGACGGCUUUUCAGUCCUCUGUAGUAUGUAACAUCCAUCUUCAACUCCAUAUUGCUUAAUUUAUUUUAGCAAAAUUUCAGUCACGCAAAAUGUUGAUGAAAAUGCUGUGACAGGGAAACCAACAUGACAGAUAAAGAAGCUUUUUAUAUUCUUGACCUGCUAUCUUUUCUUCCUUCAGCUGGUUGUCCUGCUCUCACAUAGUCCUUUUUGCUGUGAUAGGCAAUAUUUUUUCAGUCUUGCAUGUUACUGGUACCAAAGAAAGCAUUACUGCAAUAACCCAAUAAUUUGACGCUAUUGAGACAUUUGAAUUAUUAGACCUUUCAUGGGUCUCUUGAUCUUGCCCUUCUCACGGUGAUAUCCCAGCCAGUCUGAUCUCUUUGGUGGCUCUGGAUGUAUGUGAAAGACAUUAACUGCCCUGCAGUGUGGAGCACAGCCAAAACUGGGAGAUCAUAUAAACCUUGUGGAUCAUAUAUUUUCACGCAAAAACGUCCCUCCUUCAAGGAACCUCUGGCUUGAAACAUAGCAGCUCUGCUCUGCUACCAUAGUUGUCUGGGAAGGGAACAUCCCCAGUGGAGGAGGAGAAGGAGCAUCAGGUCCUUACAGUCACUACCUCGCUCAUGGGCAGGAGAACCUGUUGAUGUAACAGAGUUUCUAAAUACUGCAGUAGCUUUCAAUGUUGGUUUACUGUAUAGUGAAAUCUUUUGUUCUUACUUAUUUAUUUAUUUAUUUAUUCUGCUAUAUUAGAGUUACCUUUUAGGUCAGAAAGUUUAAUGCAUUCAUCUCAGCUAAAAAGUGCAUGUCUGUUAAUUUGAAGUAUAGAUCAGUUUGCAAAGGAAUGAAUUUCUGUCCUAGCAAUUCAGUAAUCUUUAGCAACUGUAGGUUUAAAUAAAACCUGUUAAGCUUAAAAACAAAAGGGAUUUUUGCCAGCACUAAGAAGAGUGCACUAUUAUUAUAAAACAACUAAGCAACCCAUUUAUUGAGCACCGACUACCUCUACGUUCUGUACUAAACAGUUCUCUCCUGCAGUUCCCCAAAUGUUGCUUAUUCCUUUUAUCUGUAUAUGCUUUCUGGGGUUGUAAAUUGUUGAGGUGGUUGACUCUUUUUCUGGAAUAAAUAAUUUACUGUUCCAGAAUCAGUUCAGCAUUUGCAUUGCUCUACUAAGUCCUGAUCCAGUUUUCAUUGAACAUAAUUGCUAUUUGCAACAAUUUGAAGCUGUUACCAAAAUUUCCUCUCUUGUCUUCAUAUUUUUUGAGUCUUUAAUGUUUUAUCUACAGGUUUUUUACCUUCUAAGUGUAGCAUCAGCUGUAAUAUUUUCCAGAUGUCAGGCUCACCUUGGGUGCAUGGUCUUGUAGUACAUUUGACAGGACUUAAAACAGAAGGUAUCAAAUCACAGACUGAGAACACUUUAAUGUGUGUUGCUGCCUUAUCAGCAGUUUUCUUUACUGCUUGUUUUUAGAAAUGGAGCAAGUACAGCUUUGCUUUUUUACAUGCCGCAGGUCUGGUUUCAAAUGAAGCACUUGGGAAAACAGUCACAUAAUUAGUAGUCUCAGUACAUUUGGGUGAGAAUGAAAUGAUGUGAAAUAGGCUUAGGACAUUCUAGGUGACCCUUUAGAAAACAAAUCAUGUUUAAUAUUCUUAAUUAAUCUUUGCUAACUAGUUAACAGUGAUCUUGCCAAGAGAGGAAAAGAUAAUCUACAUGACAGGCUUUUAAGCUGUUAAGAGUUUAGCUCUGGGCUUUUUUGAUAACAAAACCAUUGUGAACUGCAGCUGAUCUUGUUUAGGGAAGUCAUCCUUAAAAUGACAGCAAUUUGCAAUUAGUCUUUCUCUUUGAAGAACUUUACCCGAAAAUUCCCUUGACUAUGCUGAAAACCUGCAUUCCUUUUAAACUAUCUUUCACGCUAUUUGCAUAUAUUUUUACGUUGAUUUGUAUUUGUUGAGUCCUGUUUUACCCAAAAUAUGAAUGUGCACCAAGGAACACUUUAACAGGAGGGGAAGAAUUGUUUAUUUGGACACCUCAGCAGAUUAAUCUGCACUGGGGGCAGUACUGAUUUGGGUACUCAGACUGGCACUCUGCAAUAGUAGAAUCACAGAGGAAUUUAGGCUUAGCGGGAGGUCUGGAGAUUAUCUGAUUCAACUUCCAGCUCAAAGCAGGGUCAGCCAGCAAGUUAGAUCCAGUUGCUUGGGCUCAUAUCUAGUAGCAUUUUGAAUAUCCAUAAGGAUGGAAAUUGUACCCUUUCUGGGCCCUUCUUAAGUGUCGACUUUCACUGUGAAAGUUUUACUAACGUUACACUGGAAUUUUCUUUGUUGUAACUCACGUCCACUGACCCUCAUCCUUUUGCUGCAUACAUACAAGAAGAGCCCAGCGUUGUCUUUUCUAUGAUCUUCAUUACAUAGCUGAAGCCAGCAUCAUGAUCCUGCCUUAGCGUUCUCUGCUUGAGUCUUAACAAAUAUAGCUUUAAUAAUCUUGGUGGCCUUCCACUAGAGGUUCUCCAGGACGUUAGUGUUUUGUGUUGAGCCCCAAACUGGACAACUGUUGUCUAGAGCCAAAAGGAGGAGAUUAGCAGUUUCACUUGAGCUGAUAGGUACAGUGUGCAGUUAGUCUUUCAUUGUUGCAAAAAGAUCCUCUGCUGACUUAUGUUCAACUUGUCAGAAAGUUUCAGAUGGACAUGAACUAGACAUGACUUCCAGAAGGAUUUGCUGCAGUCUUUCUGGGGUCAGGCUGACCAGCCUGUAGUUUCUAUAGGUAUAAACUUAUGGAUCACCCUCCUUGCUUUUCUUGAAGAUGAGUUGAGAUCUUUCCUUUUUCAUCAGAAAUCUCUCCGCAUCUCCAAUAGAAAAUUAUGUAGAGUGGUCUUGUAAUGUCAUCAGCUAGUGCUCUCAGCAUUCAGAUUUAUUUUAUUUGAUAUAAUGAAGUAUUUCCUUUUCAGUUUCAUACAAAAUGUUGCAUGCAAAGUUUUUCAAGUAGCUUCCUAUACCGAAACUUUAUCAUGGUUACAAAGUUGAGAAAAGUUAGGGAACACCAAGCUUAAAGCUGUCCAUACAAUCCCAGUUGUCCCCUUUCAUCCUCAUAUAAAUGCAUAUUACACCACCUUUAUUACAUUAUCACAUUUGGUUCCUCUCCCCCUACCCUUUUCUUUUCUGGAAGAGUCCUUGAGCUAUUCUGCUUUCGUUGCAGACUAGGCAUCAUUUAGAUUGAAUCAGUAUUGUGAUAAAUAAGAAUAUAAGAAUCCUGGUUUAUGUAUUGUAUAACUUGGAUGAGGGUAUUGAAGAAUCAGGGAAUUUGGGAAUGAGGAGGAAGGAUUUAGUGUGAGUAGUGAGUAAGUAACUGAAGGCUGCUCUUCAGAACUGGAUUUUUCUCCUUGUCUCUGCCUCAAAAUGUCUUUGGUAGUUGUUCAUUCUUCCCCUUACGGUUGGUGAUAGCUGCCCUUUGAAUAUGUGGGAAGCUGUUAAAAUAGGAAGUUUAGUGAUGGACUUGAACCUUGGAUGUCUCUGGUCAAAGUUAGCAGGCACUCCAGUUUUACUCAUAGUGUUCCUGUGACUUAGUUUGCCAUCUGUAACUGAGGAUCAUAAAUCUGUGUGGUUUUUUUCAUGUUAAGAAUGGGGAUGUAACACUGAGAAGUGUGCUGAAGAAGCACCUAGGGGAAUGGGUAAACUCAGUAAGUAAGACCUCAGACUUCAUCAUUGACUGAUAAAUAAUUGCUAUGAAGCAAACAUCCAUCUGUUUCAAUGAACACACUUAUUCCUCGUUGAACAGCAGAGCAGUGGAUACAUGCAAUUGCUCUCUGGUUCAAUAUGUGAAAAGUAUUGAGCAUGCAGUGGAGCACAGGCUGUCGCUGGUGUCUCUGCUUGUUUCUGGAACAAAAAGUUAUGCUUGCCGAAGAAGCAGUUUUUCCUUUCAGCUGUCAGGUGAGGAGGGAGGCAGAAAACCCAGUGCCUCAUUUCCACUGAGGAUGGAACAGUUAUGCCUGUGAAUGACAUGAGGAAAAGCUGUAGUUACUGAACAAUGAGUGUGUUAAUGUUUAGUUGCACAGCAAUUAGUGUAUUAGUGAUGAAUACUUUUUAUCCUUUUGAAAAAAUAUUAUAAAUAGAUGGGAGAAGUGAAGUUAUUAUGAUGGGAAGUGGGCCUUGGUAUCAGUUGAUCAGCCGUAAGUUAGAAUGUUUUGGCAGCUUUAAGAAUUUGAGGAAAGUGUUGAGUCGUUUUUUUCUAUCAUUUUUUUCCCUGCUCUAUGUAUAUAACUUUGUAAUUCCUUUGGCUAUAAAACUGAAGGAAAGGGAGGGGAAAAAAGAGGGUUUUUUACAUCCUUACUUCAGAGAUUUCAUUAUGAAGGACUCGCUUAAAAUAAAAAAAAUUAUAAAUUGCCAGGGCAGGCUUUACUUUUUCUCGCCUAUCACAAACAUCGUGUUUCUGUAGAAAUCUCUUACGUUUGACUUGCAUGGAAAAGCAGAGGCUAUUGUUGUCUUCAUAAGACUUUCGAUAAUCACGUCCUACAGCAGCUUAAUGGUCAGAAAGAGGAACAUGUUCAUGAAAAAGAUGAUGAUGCAAGUUCUCUCUGUAGUAGAGUUGUAAUCAACAAAGUAAAUGUAAUUGUUUUAAUUCUGCUGAGAUUUAUUCAAGUAAAGGUACUAAAAUUAUUAAUAUUUAAUGCAUUAUUAUGCAUAGAUGUACUUCUGGCCUGUACUAUUGCAGGUCUUGAACAGAGCAGGUAAAAACUGUAGCUGGCACAAUAUUCAGGAAACAUCUUUUUUUUUAAGCAGAAGUCGUGCCUGUACAACAUAGGCAAGUACUUCUGAUGUUUCUACAGGCAUCACUUGGAAUGUAAUCUUACUCUUCCACAGUGUUUGCACUAUUAUCUUUGCCUCAAGAAGGGACUUUUAAGAAAUGGACUGAGAACAGAAUAAUGACUUACAGUGAUGUUUAGGUUUUAAAAUGUGACAGAUAGAUGAGCUUAAGAUGAGGAGAAAGAUAGAUGGGAACAGUGUGCAAAGGAAAGUUCUGAUACAUCUCAGAUAGAAAGGUGUGGAUUGGUCUAGACAGCACUGAUUUCACAUUAAAUGAAAGUGAACCAAAAAUGAGGUUAAGUCAAAAAUGUGUUUCAGUCAAAGUUGAAAUUACUUUGUCCUACUGAACCCAAAUCUGCAUGAAGCGUAACGUAAGUUCUUUAAGGCACGUUCCUUCAAAGACAGCUAUUUUCUGGCUGUAUGUUAUGGUUCUCCCACUUUGAUUCAUUAAUGUGGGUUUUGUGCUUAUGUACGUGUUUUCAUAAAGGUCCUACCUGACUUAAGCCUACUGAGGUCUCAUUGGUUAUGGGAAGACACAGUCCUUGCCAACUCCAUCAUGCUGGCCAUAGUGCUUCCAGUGUCAGUCAAAAUGGAUAGUUAAUAACAUUGAAAAUUAAUAUAAUCGAAGGAGACCCCUUAGGAUUGGUCUUCAGUCAGAUCCUUUUCUCACAGAGAGGGACUAACAGAAACAUGCCUGUCAGAUGUAAGGUGAAAUUAGAUCUCUUAAACUCAUUAUAAACUGCCUCAUAUAAGAUACUUUUCCUGUGCUAUCUUGAAGCAGAUAAAGUCAGAAGCUGUAGCAUAUAUGUAGGAUGAAGUACCUUUUCUUGUCUCAUACAACUGUUAAUCCUGAGAAGCAGUCCAGAGUUCAGCUAAGUCAUUUCAGUAGAAGGAGGGAAGAGUGGGAGACAACUUGCAAGCAAUCUGUUGAAAUGAAAAUUUGUCAUUGCUGCAGAAGCUGCUUACAGAACUUGCCUGUUUCCCAAGAAGGCCAUUUUGUCUAUCUUUCCAAGGUUAGACCUGAGUUGAGAUGCUCUUACUGGCCCAGCAAAGUCUUACGCAGAGGCCAGCGCUGCCAGUGGUGCAGAAGACAUUAAUUAUGUAGUACUUUGUGGUGUGGGCCACUGCCUGUCAAAGAUCAGUAACAAAGGUCACUAUAUGCAUUUCGAUUAGGAGAGCAUGCUCUCUGAGGUGGGUUUUUUCCCCCCUUUCUUUAUUGUUUUUUCAGCCUAGCAAUCCAGAGAUGGUGUUUUUCUGUCUCUAGAAAAAGUAGAGUAGAAGAGCUAAGAAAACAGCUCUUCAGAAGACAAGGAUCUAAAAUUAUCUUCAUAUAAAUAAA